ACAUCACUGCAAUGGCACUUCAUGUACACUUAUUUAUCUCUGCUGCUGUACUGAAUCAGUGCCUCUACUAUAUCAUCCCUACACGUGUCAAUUUAUACAUGUCACUUUAUACGUUAUCAGUAUUAAGAUGUACACUUUCUACCUCGUACUCAUGCUGCUGUAUUUCAUGCUGCUGAUCUUAUGUGUCUUUCAUGACUUCAGAUUUGAAGCAUUGCAGAACUGCAACUGUGCAGUUAUGUUGAAGAUCAUUACUGUUAGAUAAUUUCUUUGAAAACCUUAUGUUGUAAAUUUAUAAGUAUUAUUGACUUUACAUGCCAACUGUGAGUAAUGCUUGGCAUUUUAGCAUUACUAAUGAGGGCAAAUAUGUAAUUUGCUGGGUGACUCAAUCUGAAAGAAAAGUUUAAAAUGCAUACUUUAAAUAAAUGAUGAUUACUUACUGGCAGUGUGGUAUGCAAUGCUUUGUAAAUUCUAUUUAGCAUACUUUUAGGAGAAGCAGAACAAAACAGUUUAGACAACCUUACUCAGGUUAGUAGGACUAUUUUAGCAUAGGUUAGGAGUAUUUAGGAGGUAUGGAUUUAUUAACUUUAUUAAUGAAAACUUGAAUAUUAUCUGAUGCCAGUACACUGAUAUAUUUGGCAAAUAUCACAAUUUUUAAUUAUUCUGUAUUCUGUUCAGUAGGGGUGGGCAGCAUGAUAUUUUUUGUUAUGAUGCACAGUAUAUAUUUUCUGAGAGUGUCAUAGAUAUUUUAUAGAGUGAGAGUAUAAUUUGACCUGUUUAAUUGGAAUUUGUGCAUCACAGUAUGUGAAACAUUGAAUAACAGGUAUUUUAUUCAUAGUUUUGAUAUUAAAUCACAUAUAAAACUUCUUAAGUUGUUAAAUGUAGUUUUUAACCUCUGGUGUAUUUUGUCUGUCAAAAUAUAUGUAUUGCAUAUCAUGAAAAUUUCAUAUCAUGACUGUAACCCUCUCACAUUUUCAGUCCUGUUAAAUCCACAAGCCUAAUUUUUCCCAGUGAUGCUGUCUUUCGUGUCGUAGUGCUCAGGGAAGACAUUUUAAAAUGUGGUUAAUUUAGGUAGCCAGGUAACAUCAGUAAAGGAAUUUAAUUGCUUGUUUUCUAAGAAGCUAACUGUUUGUCUCUCAUUCUUCCUUUCUGUCUGACACUUUCUCUUUUGUAAGCGCUUGGCUCAUUGUGAAUUCUUGGUAUGGUGUCUUGGCCAUCUGUUGGUUCCAGACUAAAUUAAUAAGGCAGUGUAUGGCAGGAGGCUUUUGAAGCAGGGCUGGCAGGCUAUGACCGCGAGAGGCUAAUCUCAGCACAGAGGCUUUGGCAUCUUUAACUGAUUUGGCUGAUAUUAACAGUAAUUGCUGUCUAGAAAGUACUCUCACAGACCAGUGAGGAACAAAUAUCUCUAACCUAAAAGCUGGCUGAAUUGGCCCAGUGUGAGCAUACAUGUGAUUGCUUUGUGAAAAGGAAACCACGGACCUACCGAAUCUUUCUCUCCGUCCGUCUUCUGAUGCAGAGGUCAUGGGGACUCAGUUUGGUUUGGGCUGAGGUGUUGUAGGGGUGUCCUUCGCCUGCCUUUUUUCUCUCCUUUCCUCCCCUUCUCUUGCUCUUUGAGCGAGGGGUAGGGUUGGACCAUUUUUGUCUUUUUAGGUGUCUAGAGGAAACACCACCACUGUUCUGCAUCAAGAGAGCAGUACAGAGAAUGCAAAACUCUCUCUUCACACAUAUAUACACACAUACUGAUGAAGCCGUGCCAGACACUGAAGGAAGAAGUAUCUGACCUAGAAGCCAUGUCGCAGGAAGAGGGUCAAAGAGCUCAUCCUGCACAAACCUACUAUCACCAUACCCCUUCAGCAGACAGCGACCUAUCAGCAAAGCUCUACAGGCAGGAGGCUGGGGCCAAGCCCUAUUCAGUGUUGGUGGACAACAAGAUGACCAACAAACCAGUAACACAGCUGGCCCCUGAGCUAGAACCAAACCCUGUUCCCCUUCAGCAGUACUACAAAGAAGGUUCCGGAGUGAGUGGGAACGAAGGAGCCACACAAGGGCAGAAAGAUGGAACAUCUGAAGAUACCGAGGAAGAGGAUGGAGGCCAGGAGGAGGAAGAGGAAGAGUUUAAACGAGCACAAAUCAUUGUAGAGGUGAACCUGAACAACCAGACCCUCCAUGUCUCUAAAGGAGAAAAGAGUAGCCCAGUGAACCCUGCAGGAGAGGUAAAAAGUAACAGCGAAGAGGAGGAUGAUGAUGACGAAGAGGAGGAGGAAGAUGAUAGCAUAGAAGAAGAGAGUUCAGAGGAAGAGGAGGAUCUGGAUGAAGAGGAGGAAGAAGAGAAUGGGAGUCGGAGGCUACGAGCAAAACGGGUGCGCCGGGGCCGACUCAGCACCAAGCCACGCAGAAAGACCCGCCGCGUAACCGUGGCAACCGUCACACCUACAACUGCUGGUAUGACGACCAGGGGGCGCAGGAAGAGCGCUGAACUCCCACCCCAGAAGCACAGGCCGGGCCGCGACAGCAAAGGCUCGGCUCCUUCUUCUACUUCAGGGGCCAAGGGUGAAGGGGAGGAGCGCGAGACACUGACCUGCGAGAAAUGCCCACGAGUGUUUAACACUCGCUGGUACCUGGAGAAGCACAUGAAUGUCACUCACAGGCGUAUGCAAAUCUGCGACAAGUGCGGGAAGAAAUUUGUGCUGGAGAGCGAGCUGGCGCUGCAUCAGCAGACGGACUGCGAGAAGAAUAUUCAGUGUGUGUCGUGUAAUAAAUCCUUUAAAAAGCUGUGGUCACUUCAUGAACACAUUAAGAUUGUCCAUGGCUUUGCUGAGAAGAAAUUUGCUUGCGAGAUCUGUGAGAAGAAGUUCUACACAAUGGCCCAUGUCCGCAAGCACAUGGUUGCUCACACUAAGGACAUGCCAUUUACAUGUGAAACCUGUGGAAAAUCCUUUAAGCGCAGCAUGUCCCUGAAGGUGCACUCACUCCAGCACUCAGGAGAGAAGCCCUUCCGCUGUGAGAACUGUGAUGAACGGUUCCAGUAUAAGUAUCAACUGCGGUCUCAUAUGAGUAUCCACAUUGGACACAAGCAGUUCAUGUGUCAAUGGUGUGGCAAAGACUUCAACAUGAAGCAGUAUUUUGAUGAGCAUAUGAAGACACACACAGGUGAAAAGCCAUUUAUUUGUGAGAUCUGCGGGAAGAGUUUCACUAGCCGGCCGAAUAUGAAGCGUCACCGCAGAACACACACUGGAGAGAAGCCUUAUCCGUGCGAGGUGUGCGGCCAGCGCUUCCGCUUCUCCAACAUGCUUAAAGCGCAUCGCGAAAAGUGCUUCCGGGUCACCAGCCCCAUGACCCUGCAGCCCUCCACCAUGCCCCUGCCCAUCCAUCUGUCAGGCCACACACCUUCUUCCUCUGGCCAUACCCCCAGCACACCCCAGCCCUCCCAAGCCACAUCCACCAUAGCGGCCAUCGGCCCAGGAAUGAUUGGGUCUACGUCAGGUCCUCUUGGUCAGAGAGGCGGGAUUGGACAUGGCUUUUCUCAUUUGCAUAUGUCGGCCACACCCACACAGCACCACCAAACACACACCCAUACCCCUGUCCAUCACGCUGGACAUGCCCCCAUGACGAGUCAGCACCUUUCCGUCCCAUCCUCUCUCCUGCCCCCUCCACCAGCCCUGUUUAAGAGCGAGCCAAUCAACCACUGCGCACAUGAGGAGACCUAUCUGAGACAGGGGUCAGCACAGCACCACUGAAAAUCAUACAAAGCCUUCUGACCUGCCCUGAGCCAGCUGAGGGCCACAGAAACAAGUAAAGACACUUGCAUACAUACUGUCAGUUCAAUUGUGUAAGAGUGAAACUCAGCAAGAUUGCUGAGGAACACACUCAGCUGCUGACUGCGCAUUUCCUCAUUAGAAGCUUAAAUGUGAUCAGAAAGGAUUUUUCAGUCUGGUGACCUCAAUGAACCUUCUCUCUCAAAGAAAAACGCACGCAGACAACCUUGUAAAGCAUUAUUUUACACCUCAUAAACCGUUAUGGAAAGAUUCCACUUACAUCAUAAUGAUGAAAACCUGCCACUGUACUGAGUUGGCACAAACUAACUCUCUCUCUCUUUCUGUCUCUUUCUCUCUGUAUUUCUUCUGUCUUUCUUGCAAUCUGUUUACUUUCUCUUUCUCUUGAUGUAAUUCCUCUCACUGUCUCACUCUUUUGUCAUGCUUGCCCCUCAGUAUUUCUCGUUUUCUCUCUCCCUCUAUCUUUUAGUGUAUUUGUAUUUCAUUCUCAUUCUCCUGUUCUCACACCUCUUUAUAAAUCAAUCUCUCUCUCGCUCUCUCUCGCUCUCUCUCUCGCUCUCUCUCUCUCUGUGUCUGUCUGUCUCUCUCUCUGUCUCUCUGUCUGUCU